UUUCUUUCGCUGGCGGAGAGCUCGCAACUGUGCUGAAGCGAAUAAACGGGACUCCCAAACAAAAAAAUACAUUUUGAUGUACUAUUUUUUUAAACUUUGCUAGCAGUUCAUUCCACGUAGAGGUCUAAUAAAGCGGAAUGAGUUGCAUGUGCGUAAACCUGUUGCGUGUCUGCCUCGCCGUGUAGUUAACUACAAUCCAAGAUGUUGCUUUGUGGAUGGGAUGGCGUCUGGUGCCGUUUGUGUGCGCACUCUUAGCUUCGUCGGAGUACGAACAUUUACCUCUGAAUUAAUUGUGUAACUCUUCUCUGCUGGGAAGAUGCAUGUGUCUCUGGCAGAAGCCCUGGAAGUCCGAGGGGGGCCGCUCCAGGAGGAGGAGGUGUGGGCACUGCUCAGUCAGAGCGCGGAGAGCCUUCAAGAACUUUUCAACAAAGACCCUGCAGCCAUGGGCUUCAUCAUCUCACCCUGGUCCCUCCUGCUCCUGCCCUCUGGCAACAUUUCGUUUACAGACGAGUAUGUCACCCAGCAGGACCUGAGGGCUUUCACAGCUCCAGAGGUCUUGGAAGGCAUCUCCUUGAAUUCAGUUUCUGACGCUGAAAAGAUGCACAUGUAUUCCCUGGGAAUGACAUUAUUUUGGGGAGCAGACUAUGAGAUUCCCCAAAGUCAGCCCAUGAAGCUGGGGGAACACCUAAACAGCCUACUGCUCAACAUGUGUGAUGAUGUUACAUUGAGUCGAAUGUCGCUGCGUACGGUGCUGGACAUCUGUAGCAAGCACAUCAGAAACUCCACCUGUGACCCUCCUUUCUCCUACAUUCGAAAACUGGUCCGGUUGGUGCUUGGCAGUCUCUCUCAGCUGGAUGGUCUGCUGACAGAUAGAGAAUCUCUUCCAGAGCGGAGUAAGGAGAUUCGAGAGAGGCUGAGAGGCAAAGGCUUACCAUCCGGGAGGAGUGCCGCCCCCAGAGUUUUGGAGCGCUACAAGGCCAGAACUCAGGAUCAAACGGCUCUUAACCGGGGACUCAGUCGUUCUAUGGGCUCAUUGCCGAUACAGGACUUGUUGAGAGGGGACGAGGGUGCAGUUCCCCAGAAUUCUGACUCUCCCACAGAACUCUACCCCAAGCCUCCCUCACUCCAGCACCAGCUUUCUUAUCCCUAUCUGCACCCCCUUCACCCCCAGAUGAAGGGCCGGCCCGUGGAGCUGGACCGCAGGUCUUUACCCUACCAUGUUACAGACAGAGGGCCGAGCCAGCCCAGGAAGACCUGGGCUUCGUCUGUGGACUUGGCUUACAUUGACCCGGAAGCUCUUCGUUUUGGAGCUUUGGAAGAUGCUCGGAGAGGCAGCAGUGUCUUAAGUACACAUUCGGUGGGCAGGCAGAAAUCACCUUUGUCUGUGUCCAAGGAGGUGGGUUAUCGGUACUCGGAGUUUGGUGGGCUGAAGAACCGGAGGUCUCAUCACUUCUCGGCCCUGUCUGUUGGCUCUGGGUUCCCUGGUGCAUAUGACAGGAUCAAGGAAAGACAACGGAAACUCGAGGCACUUCAACAAGCAGUCAAUGAUCCUGUCCACACCCACCAAAGGUACCACAGUGAUUACAGCUCAUCUAGUGAAAGCCCAUCAGUGGCCUCUUCAGAUCCAGACUACAGGCAAGCUAAGAAACCUGGUGAGGUGACAAGGUACGGCUCCCAGCUGGCGCUUGCAGAACAAGACGCCCCGUCACUGAGAAGGAACAACUCACAGAGAUAUCGGCACAAUGAGGGUACAUCUGAUGAAAGUGCUGAGAUGCUCCUCCAACGGCAAGAGGAGGAGGUACAGCGACUGCAGACCCAUCUGGCCAACAGGCUGUCCAGGGCCAACUUCUACCCUGCAGACGAGCCCCUGUUCCGACCUCAUGCUUCAGCACUUGACCUUCAGGACCCCUUUCACAAUCCUUUAUCGCUCCGAAAAAGAAAGAACUUUUAUGGACCUGAGUUUGUUAAGAUGGCCAGUGAGUCGCCGGUAACCUUAUCUGUGCCUUCGUCAAUCAUGCAACAGAAACGAAGUAAGAUGGAAGAAGUGCAGAGGAAGGUGGGUGUUGUGCUUCUAAAUGGGCAAAAACUGGAGGUGGGCUGUGACCUUAAGGCAGUUUGUAAAGACGUUUUUGAUAUGGUGGUGGCGCACAUUGGUCUCGUGGAGCACCAUCUCUUCGCCCUUGCAUACCUCAAAGAAACUGAGUUUUUCUUCGUUGAACCCGAUGCCAAACUCACCAAAGUGGCUCCUGAUGGAUGGAAGGACGAUCCCAAGAAAAGACGAUCUGACGUGCCUUUUAACCUUUUCUUUCGCAUCAAAUUCUUUCACGAUGAUGUCAGCCUCAUACAGCAUGCAAUGACCAAACAUCAGUACUACCUACAGCUGAGGAAGGAUAUCUUGGAGGAAAGGAUGCGCUGCAAUGCAGAAAAUGCAAUGUUGCUGGCUUCACUGGCAUUGCAGGCUGAAUUUGGUGACUACCAACCUGAGCUUCAUGGGAAGACCUACUUCAGACUGGAGCACUACCUGCCGGUGUCCAUCUUGGAUAAGGUUGACCAGACGACUCUUCGGGAACAACUGCCUGAAAUUCACAGUAACUAUUACGGAGCAUCAGAAUCGGAGGCUGAGUUUGAGUUCCUCAAGGUGAGCCAGAAGCUGGCUGAGUACGGAGUCCAUUUCCAUCGGGUGCUCCCAGAGAAAAGGUCUCAAACAGGCAUCAUGUUGGGGGUCUACUCCAAAGGCGUGCUCAUUUUUGAUGUCCUUAAUGGACAUCGAAACCCUGUGCUGAAGUUCCCCUGGAGGGAGACCAAGAAGAUUUCCUUUGCAAAAAAGAAAAUUUGCCUUCAGAACACAUCGGAUGAAAUCAAACACCUUUUCCAGACUGACAGCAACAGGACAUGUCAGUAUCUGCUGCAGAUGUGCUCUGAUCAGCACAAGUUCCACCUGCAGACGAAGGCACGCCAAAGCAACCAGGAGCUGCAGGAUCUUGAGAACUGCCCCUUAAGCAGCAUGAAGUAUUCCCUUGACACCCAGGGUGGAGAUACAUCAGCUAGGACACCAGGCCCAAUCAGCCUGGCCCAGACCUUAUCCACACGCUCCAACCCAGACCACCUGAAGAGGAUCUCGUACUCAGAGGUGGCCCUCAACAAGUCACCAUCCGGCUCAGUUUUAGUCCAUGAGGAGCUCCACCUUCCAGGUUACAACCCAUUACCCUCCACCGUGUUUCCCAACCCACAACUAAUGAGUCGGUCCCAUCACAACCUGGCGCAGAUGCCGGAGUCAGAGGAGAACCCGUUGUUGGAUUUGCUCCGUUCCUCAAAUGGCAGACUGACCCAGCCCCAGUUAAACCAAGCACCUUCCAAUUUCCAACAACAUCAGCGGGCAAGCUCAGAUACAGACUCCAUCUCACAUCAUCAGGACAAGUCAUUGGGUGCAGCUUUCCACAGCAGCCCUUCAUGGCACCACAGUCAGUCUAAAAAGGAAUCAGACUCUUCCUCCAUUGAGGACAAUGGGCAAGCAUAUGUAGUUGGGGUCAGUAUGCACAGUUCCUCUGGAGCUCCUUCAACUCCAGCAUCUGUUAAUGAUUCUUUGAGGAAAAAGCUUAAUGAGCUGCCAUCUCUGGAGAGAGAGAUUACAACUGUAAACUUGAAGAAAGAUGCAAAAUAUGGGCUGGGAUUUCAGGUUGUCGGAGGGGAGAACUCUGGUCGUACAAACCUUGGAACAAUCAUUAGCUCCAUCACUCCUGGGGGUCCUGCUGAUCUAAACGGCCACCUUAAACCUGGUGACCGGCUGAUAUCUGUGAAUGAUCUAAACCUGGAUGGAUUUUCUCAUGAUGAAACUGUUAAUAUCCUUCAAAGCGCUCCAGAUGAUGUGACUCUGGUUGUUUCACAACCUAAAGAGAGGCUUUAUAAAGAUUCCACCCCAAAUGUUCCCCAACCACCCAAAUCAUCUUUUAAUUCACCUAAACCAGUCCGGAGACUAGAGCUGGAGAUUGAGACGUCAUCAGAGAAACAUCGCGGCACAGUAAGCCCCAGCCCUCCUGUCCACGGUGGUGGCACUCCCUCGUCCGCCUCCUCUCCAGUCCGUCAGCACACCAGCCUCAACUCUCAGGACUCUAGGACCAGCAGUUCUGCUAUAAUCAGCCAGCCCUCUCGUGAUAGAGUUCAGCAGGCCUUGGAAAGAAUGAAAGCUGCUACCACUGCUGAAACCACUACCAGCAAUCAAGUACUAGAACCAAAUACUGAGUUGAAUGCUUCACCUCCAGCUCUGCCUCCGAAAACGAGAAAAGUCAAACCUUCAGCAGCUCCAUCAGUUUCUGAACAGUCUGACAGGGGGGAUACAGACAUGGAUGAAGAGACUUAUUCCGGUUGUCAAGAGAAACUGAAAGCCAAAAAGGAAAACAUCAUGGAAAGUUUAAAUGGUAAUGCCCCAGGGGUCAGUAGUCUCCGUCCAGGAGAUCUAUUUGACGUUGAGCUGUCAAAAAUAGACAGCAGCCUGGGCAUAAAUGUCACGGUACUGUUCGACAAGGGUGGAGUUAACACAACUGUCCGACAUGGAGGCAUCUAUGUCAAAGCCCUCAUACCAAAAGGCGCUGCAGAGCUUGAUGGGAGAAUACAGAAAGGUGAUCGUGUGUUGGCCGUCAAUGGAAAGAGUCUAGAGGGAGCUACACAUCAUCAGGCAGUGGAGGUCCUCAGAGACACAGGCCAGACGGUGCAGUUGCGUCUGGAGAAGGGUCUUUCACCUGCGGACAGCACUCAAGCUCCCCUCACACCUCAAUCCGCUAUGCGUUUUUCUGCUGGUAACCGCAGUCAAGCUAAGGACAAGGAGCCGCCACCAGAGGCCAAAGAUAAACCGGAGUACAGCUUUGUCACUCGAGAUAACGUGUUUGAGGUGUGUCUGCUGAAGAACACCUCUGGACUCGGCUUCAGCUUUAGCAGAGAAGACCACGCUCCUGAUGAACCCCACGGCCCCAGCUUGGUAAGGGUGAAAAAGCUUUUCCCGGGCCAGCCAGCUGCAGAGAGCGGCCGCAUCAACGUGGGCGACGUCAUCUUACGGGUCAAUCAAACCCCUCUCAAGGGACUCUCACAACAUGAGGUGAUAUCAGCCUUGCGAGGAACUGGACAGGAGGUGACGUUGCUCCUCUGUAGACCUGAAGAGGGUGUUCUCCAUGACAUGGACACAUCGGCUUUGACACCCAAACCAUCUCCCAGAAAGGUGCCUGUAACCCUUUCAGAGCCCAGCCUGAACUUGAACAGGACUGCUUCUCCUCCUGGGACAACACAGAAGGGCCCGGUGGAAGAGGUUCUGGUGAGGCUCCAGCUCAAAACCCCCGGUCGACACAACAGCUACAGCGACAGCACUGAUGGUGAUGAGGAGGUGGAGAAAGCUUUCACCUUGAGCGCUAUGGAACACAGCAUUCAAAACUGGGACAGGAAUGUUUAUCAAACACCCAGUGGUAACUCAGAACUGGGACGUUACAACAGCUCUGGUCAGCUGGACGGCACCUGCCACUCAGCUUUUUACUCUCCGAACCUCUCAAAGACAAGAUUAGACCUCAGCAACAGGAGUUCUUCAUCACCUUUGGAAGCUGAUAUGGAGUCAUCCUCUCUGCCUGUGAUGUCCUCCGGCUCUCCCCCCAGUCCCAAUCCCCUGCCCCCUCCAAUGCCUCUGCCCUUAAAAUUCAAAGGCCCCAGCAAUAGUCAGGACAUGGAAGAGCUGCUCCCGGAAGCAGAGCUGAUGAUCUCUUUGUUGAAGUCAGAAAAGGGCAGCCUUGGUUUCACCCUCACCAAAGGCAACAAUCAAGGGUGCUACAUCCAUGAUAUUGUCCAGGAUCCGGCCAAAGCAGAUGGAAGGCUGAGACCUGGUGAUCGAAUGGUCAAGGUUAACAACACAGAUGUGAGUUUUAUGAACCACACCGAGGUGGUCGAUCUUGUUCGUGCUGCCCCUCAGGUGGUUGAUUUGGUGGUAGGAAGGAUUCUGGAACCCCCCAAAUUCCCAGUAGAAGCCCACCUGCUCCCUGAUAUCUGUUACAAGAGCAGCAAAGAACCACUAGGACUGGUCCUAGAUGGUGGUAUGGACAGCAUUUAUGGGGUCUUAUUUGUGAAAGAUGUCAUACCAGGUUCACCAGUCUAUAAAGAAGGAACAUUGAAACCACUUGACCUUAUCCACUACAUUAAUGGGGCUCCUACCCAGGACCUAACUCUGAGUGAGAGUAAAAGACUCUUGGAGCUCUCCCUUGAUGACCUUUGUCUGAAGGCCACAAGAGAUGGAAUGCCUUUAUCUCCUGAACACAAACAUGUCACUUUUCUGGACAACAACAUUGGCUCCAAACUGUCAUCCAACAUAAAUGGUUUCCUUAAAAGGGAUGAUUCCAGAGACACGGAGGAUCUCACAUCACUUUGUCCUGCAGAGGAGGAGAUUAUAUUGUUGGAUCUGGAGAAGCCACCAUCCGGAGGUCUGGGUUUCUCUCUGAUUGGUGGGGAGAGGGGAAUCUUUGUGAAGUCCAUCAUGCCAGGAGGAGUCGCAGAGUCCUCAGGAAGGCUUCAGGUUGGAGACAGGCUGCUAAAAGUAAAUGAUGAUUUAAUGACCAGUAUCUCCCACAACAAAGCUGUCACCACCAUUAGAAAAGCUAGAGGUCUGGUACAUCUGAUUGUUUCAAGACCACCUGACCAGAACCCAAACGCAUACCUGGCCAGUCUGCCUAUAAACUCUGACAAGUGCAAUGGCAACACAGAUCUGAGUCAGGGCAGUGGAGGGUUCACUAAGCUUCGGAUGUCAGUGAGCCAGAAGUCCAACAACAUUCCUAGCAUACCACCAAUAGACUAUGAUGAUGGACCCCUAGAGGAGAAAAAAGAGACUGAGCAGAAUGCAGACCUUUCAGAGGACACCGACUGUGAUGGGUCCUCUUUACCUGAAGACUCACCUGUGGGUUCUCAGAAAGUGACAUGGAAUGAAGAGAGCGUUGACGACCCAAGGAAUGAAAACAGCUAUCUGCAGAUGGGUGCAUUGCAGCCAAAGAAAGAUGACUUCACAUGGGGAAGUGAUGAACUCCCGAUAGAAAAGAUCAGCUCCCAAUCAACAGAUGACAAGUCAAUCAUCACAAAGGACGAACUGACCACUCUGCCCCUUGUCAGAGUGGUUCCUGGUGGCCAGUACACAGGAACAAAGCUCAACUCUGUCGUCCGUAUGAUGAGGGGGCUCCUGGACCAGAAAGUUCCACUUCAAGAAUUUGAAAAUCUUCAGAAUCUUCAGCCACUCGAUGACUGCUUAGUCGGUCAGACCAAAGAAAACAAGAAGAAGAACCGCUAUAAGAACAUUGUUCCCUUCGACACGACUCGCGUGGUUAUUGGCAAAGAUGGCGGAUACAUCAACGCUAACUUCAUCAACAUGCAAGUGAAGGAUGAGAACUUCCAGUACAUCGCCUGUCAGGGACCUUUGCCCACCACACUGGGCGACUUUUGGCAAAUGGUGUGGGAGCAGAAUUCCAACGUGAUAGCUAUGAUGACGCAGGAGAUCGAAGGGGGCAAAGUGAAAUGUCAGCGGUACUGGCCGGACACGCCGAGGUCACCUGAGAUGGUGGACGACAGGUUACAGAUAACACUCGUCAAAGACCAACAUCUGGACCACUUUGUCAUCCGGCUCAUUGAGGUCAAAGAUGUCCAGACAAAUGAAGCCAAGCUUGUAACUCAUCUGAACUACACCGGAUGGCCUGACCACGGAACACCCUCGCAACCCGAGCAUCUGCUCACAUUUAUUUCCUACAUGAGGUACGUUCAUCAAUCAGGACCCAUCGUCACACACUGCAGCGCAGGCAUCGGCCGCUCAGGGGCCCUCAUCUGUAUAGACGUGGUUCUGGGGCUCAUCAGUAAAGAUGCAGAUUUUGAUAUUUCAGACGUAGUACGAAAUAUGAGACUUCAGAGACAUGGAAUGAUCCAGACAGAGGAGCAGUAUAUUUUCUGCUAUCAAGUGAUCCUCUAUGUCCUCAGAUGCCUUCAAGCAGAAGAAAACAUCUCAGGAUAGAGACCACGUAUCAUUUAGAUUUUGGGUGACCAAUCAGAGCAAAGCAGAACAAGAGUCAAUACAGGCAAAACAUGCCAAAUUACACUAUUUUUAUGAUGCCUUAAACUAUAUGAUUUUUUUUUUAAGAAGUAUAUUUUCAAUUUUUGCUUUUUCUCUCUGGCUGCUGCUCCCUUUCACUGCAUUUAUGCAAGCUGCUGAUUGUAUUUCCUAUCACACAAGAGAACAUUAAUGUUUUAUUUUCCUUUUAAAUUUUUUUUAUUGAUGAUGAAAUUAUUUUAUAUUUUAUGUGGAGCAUUUUUGUGUAUUUAGAUGCUGGAACUGGCCUUGACAGAAUACUGUGUCAGUAUUUGCAAUGUAAAUCUAUUAUACAGUUAUUACGUACUGCCUGAGGCAAAUGAUAAACUAAAAGUGUACAUAUUAAUCUCUGGAAAAAUUAAACUGGAUAUGUUUUAAAUAUUAUUUAGAGGAACAUUUCUUUAAAAAAGAUCAAAUAUUAAAGUUGUAUUUGUCAUAUUUUAUGUCAUAGUGAGCAUUUUACAGCUGUUUUGGUUACAUUAAUGCCAAGUAAUAAGGAUACAGUCAUGUUCCAAGCUUCAGUCACAUUUUUUCCAGAUCAGGGGGCUAACAAAACCCUUGAAAGGUAGGAGGAAAAAAGCUGCAUCUACUUCCAUCAUUGUAGUUUGUUAGACCCCUGCAACAUAUAUGCCAUGAAAGUGACUGCUCACUAAAAAGUGUUACGUAGGCUGAACUUAGGUUAUGGUAUGUUUUGCCUUAAUGAAAUGUUAUUGACUAUAGGUUUACAUAAUAAACUAUUUUGAGUCUGAA